GCCACGCGACUGACUGCUCAUGCCCAUGCCCAUGCCCAUGGACGUCACGUCACGUCCCCUGCCCAAAACCACCGGACCAAAACCCCGCCGCCCCCACCCCGGGGCACGGGGCUAUAAAGCCGGCGCCACCACGGGCCGGACGGCAACGGCGACACGCACACGCACGCACACACACACACUCACUCCACGCUCGGCCAGCACAACAAGCAAGUUCAGUUCAGGUUGGGGGAUCGAUCGGAUAAUGGCGCCGGCGCCGGUGGAGUUCGUGGGCGCGAGGGAGGCAGGCGGGGUCGGCGGGGACGCGCUCUACUGCGCCAUCAUCCUGUGGCUGUCCGUCAUGUCGUGGAUCAUCUUCACCUGCGUCGGCGGCGACGACGGCGGGAGGCGCGGGAGGAAGGGCCGCCGGGACACCAAGGUCUUCGUCGGCGCCGAGCGACUCUGCGACGGCACCGGCCCGCGCUGCAGCGGCGGCUACGGCCUCUGCGGCUCCUGCGUCGACUAGCCAGCCGCCGCCCGCCCGGCUCCUCCAAAUCGUACGUUUGGUUGGUCGGUAACUUCGUGUAAUCGGGCGUCAAAAGUAGUAUGAUCAUCUACUAGUAUCUAUGGUGUGAUGAACAACUCCUUUUCUCAUGCGAGCUUCUUGCAGCCUGUACAUAGUUUUAGCGAUCGUUGAUCGUUGAUCAAUGAGAUGAGAUAGUAUGAUCUGGUAUUAGUAUGAUGAGUAUCUCCCCUUUGUGAAGACAAUAAAGAGGGAGCUAGCAGCGUCUUCCGUCUGAUCCUGGUUCCCGGUUUGGCUGCAACCUGCAAGAACUAGUCUCGAUUCUUCA